AAGGAGCUCAAUAAAAGUAAAUAAAUGAAGACAGCCAUCAGACCGACUGAGUAGUGACCCAUUGAAGGAUAGGUGACAGGUCUGCUCUGUCAUCGUCGAUACUCUAAUCGUCUCAAUCUCUCCUUAAAUUCCUCACAUUUCCUUGUUUUCUUUGCUCUUACAAGUACAAAAAAAGCUCGAAUACCAAUGGCUGAUACUCAAGGAAAAGUCAUCACCUGCAAAGCGGCGGUUGCUUGGGAACCCAACAAGCCCCUUUCCAUUGAAGAUGUCCAGGUUGCUCCGCCGCAAGCCGGUGAAGUUCGAAUCAAAAUCCUUUUUACUGCGCUUUGUCAUACUGAUGCCUACACUUGGAGUGGAAAGGACCCUGAAGGUCUCUUCCCAUGUAUUCUUGGCCAUGAAGCUGCAGGAAUCGUGGAGAGUGUCGGUGAAGGUGUCACAGAAGUGCAACCUGGAGAUCAUGUUAUUCCAUGCUACCAAGCAGAGUGCAGAGAGUGCAAAUUCUGCAAGUCAGGGAAGACAAACCUCUGUGGAAAAGUACGAGCAGCUACUGGAGUUGGUGUUAUGAUGAAUGAUCGCCAGACUCGUUUUUCCGCUAAUGGGAAACCUAUCUAUCACUUCAUGGGAACUUCAACAUUUAGUCAAUACACCGUAGUACAUGAUGUUAGUGUUGCGAAAAUUGAUCCACAAGCUCCUUUGGAAAAAGUUUGCCUUCUUGGUUGUGGUGUACCGACAGGUCUUGGAGCUGUAUGGAACACUGCAAAAGUAGAGCCUGGGUCCAACGUUGCUAUUUUUGGUCUUGGAACUGUAGGCCUAGCUGUUGCAGAGGGUGCUAAAACUGCUGGUGCUUCACGGAUCAUUGGUAUCGAUAUUGACCCCAAGAAGUUCGACGUAGCUAAACGUUUCGGAGUGACAGAAUUCGUGAACCCAAAGGAUCACGACAAGCCCAUUCAACAAGUGAUUGUGGAUCUAACUGAUGGAGGAGUUGACUACAGUUUUGAGUGCAUCGGAAAUGUCUCCGUGAUGAGAGCGGCUUUGGAGUGUUGCCAUAAAGGGUGGGGAACAUCCGUUAUUGUGGGUGUUGCAGCCUCGGGUCAGGAGAUUUCUACUCGUCCAUUCCAACUCGUGACUGGCCGUGUUUGGAAGGGAACAGCUUUUGGUGGUUUCAAGAGCCGAUCUCAAGUACCAUGGCUCGUUGAGAAGUACAUGAAGAAGGAGAUUAAGGUUGAUGAGUACAUAACUCAUAACUUGGGCCUCGGGGACAUCAACAAGGCUUUUGAUCUGAUGCAUGAAGGUGGUUGCCUCCGCUGUGUGUUAUCUGUGCACGACUAAAUCAUUUAGUUGAGUCGUCAUAAUUUAACUAUACACAAAACACCGUUAUGGCUGUCUAUGACGUUUUUCUUUCCUAGUUACAGUAUGCUUUGCUGAAUGAGGCGACAUGAAGCAAAGGAAAACUAUUCAUGUUGAUGUGUUUAAACCCGUGUUUGAACCUUAUUCGGAAAAUGUUAUAGAACCGAUUGUAUUAGGCGGGAUAUGGAGUAAAAACUUUACAUAAGUUGGCAUGGUUCAGUACAAUUUAUAAUAUGCCAUCCUUUCAAUUGAA